AUGCCUAAAUCUGGUUCCGGCGCGUUUCCCGUGACUUGGUCUUGUCGCCAUGUGCACACCGUGCCUAAUUUGAGAUAUGACAUUGACGAGGGGAUGGGUGACUUCCUAUCACCAAAGGCGCUUCGCUUGUUGGCUGUUGAGUAUCAGGGAGGUCUUCUCUCCAGACUUAAUGAUCAGGUAAAAGAUACACAAUAUGAGAACCUGAGUGUUUUUACCACAAUCGUGAGAACAGCGCAGGACCCAAAUCAACCGCUUGCGUUUAACAUGGCGAGCCAAGCCAUGAACAACAGUUUCUUUCUUGACCACCUCAGACCUCCAUCAAAAUACAGCCCUUCACAGAACCACGAGCGAAUCAUGAGUGGGAGGCUGCACCUGGGAGUUGAUAGGAGCUUUGGCUCUCUUUCAUUACUUAAAUCUACCCUGAGCGCGGCAGCAAUGGGGAUGAUUUCCUCCGGGUGGAUCUGGCUCGUAACAGACCUACAAAAAAAUCUGGCCAUCAUCCCGACGUACGGAGCAGGAACAAUUAUUGUUCGGGCUAGAGCACAGAGAACCCCUCGCUCGGGCCCCGUUAUCGGUGAAAGUACUCGCCUCUCUUCUCUUGCCUACUCCCCAUCCUUCGGCACACCAAACACAUUGACACCAACACCGCCUGCAUCGCCCCUUUCCUCCCCCUCGCAUUCCUCGAAAAGUAGCAACCAUGCGAAUCCCAACCAAACAAGAUCGGUGAACACGUCUGCCAGUGGCUUCACGGGCAAUUUAACCCAAGUUGGUAGUGUGCUUAAUCCUCUCUUCUGUAUCUCACUUCACGAGCAUGCCUGGAUGACGGACUAUGGACUUUGGGGGAAAGAGGAGUAUCUGAAGCGGUUUUGGAAUGUAUUGGAUUGGGAGAAGGUCUCUCAGACCUUCGAUCAUUGGAAUCCCCGAAUUGAUGAUGAAUGAGGCCAGCAUUUGAAACCUUCAUGCUUUUCCAGACCCUCCGUACUCAACAUUCAAUACAUUAUUAUGACGGGUAUUAAACACUCACAGAUAAAUGUUUGUGAGUUUGGGAUCGUCAUCUGUUUAUUGAAUUACUUGCUCUAUCCCAAGCAAAAUACUAAUAGUAACGACUUAUUAAAUGAAGCCGAGUCCAU